AUGACGCGCUUCCAGGACAUGUGCCGAGAGCUGGGUGUGGGCCCUGGCGACCUCGUCUCCCUGGCCGAUCUGCAGAAGGGCAGGGCCUGCCACCGCAUCGCCAGUUGCCUGUGGGACCUGGCCUCCAUCCUGAGGCGCGGCGGGCACGCUGAGGUGCCUGAGUUUGCGAGCGCGGAGGACAGGCGCGCCAUCAGGACCAGCAUGCGGCGGCUGGCAAAGGCGAGGAAGGCCCGCUUCGAGACGGUGGACUCCCCGCUCAAGCGCCCUGCCGGUCGCCCGCCGCGGCUGCAGGUCCCGGGUGGCUGCCGGGAGAGCUGCCCCAGCGCCAGCCCCAGCCCCAACGCCGAGCACGUCAGCCCUGCCGGCGGCGGAAGCCGGGCCGGCGGCCAGCUCAGCGCGCGCAGCAGCUGCAGCAGUCCCAGUCCCAGCAGCCAGCAGGGCCUCGCCUGGCUGCAGGCGGCCGCCGGGCUGGACUCGGGCCGCCUCGCCAGCGCCUCGCUGCGACGCUGCGACGAGGCCUUCGUUGGCGACGGUGGAGCACGGGCUACCCAGCCGGUCGGAGCCGAGGGUGCAAUCGGAUCAGGAGGCAAGUCAGAGACAGGCGGGCGAGUGCCAGGAUCAGCGGGCGGGCAGGGGCCAAUGGCUUUGGCGGCUGGCCUCCCCUACCCCCCGGCCUCCCCACCUCGUCUCAGCCCGUCGGCGGGAGGGGAGACCCUGCUCGCCGCCAUCCUGUCCCCUGAGAAGUCGGGCCACUCGCGACUGCUGGGGGAGAUAAUGCACACGGCCAGUGCGGCGGGGAUGCCCAAGGGCGGGAUGUUGCUCGGGGCGCCGCCGCCCCAGCCUGAGCAGGCCCCGUGCCUGCCAGGCUCAAGCGGGGAGGACGGCGAGGUGAAGCCGAUCGAGCCGGUGCCUGGAGACCCGGCCCGGGGCGGGCCAGCAUCCAACCAGUCCCCACCAGAGAAUUCAGCGCCCAGCAAAUAUGUGCAGGCGGCCAGGCCCAAGGAAGUACUCGUCUUCGAGAGGGAGCGACACGCUCCUCGGGAUGACCCACUGCCCUCGCCCACCCCUCGCGCCUGGAACUGGGCAGCUGCCGGCGCCCUGGCGGCCGUGGCCCUGGCCGCAGGUGUGCUGCUGCUGCAGCACGGGCAGGUCACGCUCUCAUCCCCGCUGUGGGCCAGGCGCGUGUCCUUCUGGCAGCGGCGCAGCGCGACCCUGGCAGCUAAGAGGGCGAUGCGACGAGGAAACUGCGGCACGGGCGGGGACUGGGGCAGCCCCGCGAGUCUUCUGCAGAGGCGCACCUAG